AUGGAUGCGGUGGAGCUACCUCUACCGGCGGCCGUUGUCGUCUCAAAGCUCCUCGGAUCGGAGGCCUUCGGUAGGGUCCGGGAGUCCGAGACUCGAGACUCGGUCGCGGGUUCUUCCACCGGUAGUGGGGCUUCUUUAUUUUCUGCGCAGGGGCCUUCUUCCGGCGGUGGGGAUUUCCACGGAGGUAAGGGGAAAAGCAGUAUAAUUAGGAAAAAAAUGUUUCAUUUGACGAGGGUUUUGAAAUCUAUUGUACGCUUUCUUUCUUUCCGUUCUGUCUCCAGUGGAACGUCUGGUUAAUCGUUUCUUGAUUUGUUGGACGCACAGGCGAGUGAUCUAUAUGGAAAAAAACUAAUAUUAUGAAUUUUCAUCUGGAAAAGUAGAAAUAAACGUUUCUUACAUGCCGAUCUCCCAGACUCGUUGGGCUUCUUGGAAGGUUACAUGCUAUUUUAUGCAAUAAAAUUAGGGCUCCACUCUAAAAUGCAUACUAUCGUCUGUUUUUAUGCAACUAACUAACUUCAAGUCAUACUGUAUGCAAGUCCAUUAAUGGAUUAUAUGCACCGCGUAUUAUACCUUGGUCGACGUCUAUGGAUAUCCAAAGAUUCAGAGGAACUCGUCUCGUGUAAAGAAUGCAAUAAUAAAUGCACUUUUGCUGUCUAUUUGGUAGCUUGUGUGAUCUACAUUCAAAGAUGUUCUAAAUGGACACUGUUGUUGCAUAUAUGUACGGGCUCCAAAUGUCUGUAAGGUCUUUGGAACCACUUAUUUUCUAUUAGAGAACUUGAGCCGGGGCCAUUUUCAGUCGUCGAGUGGUAUUCUUUAUAUUCACUAACUAAUGUAUGCUUCCAGCUUCCUUCCUUUGUGCAUCGUUUUGUGCUAGUUUUAUUAGUUCUCACCCGAAAUGGUAAAGAGAUUAAGCGUGGGUAAAUGAUGAUAGGAACGUUUCCAUUAUGGUACCUCAAAGGGUUUGUUAUUCUGUGGAUCGUCUCUUCAUUGAGCUAUUCCUUUACCGUAGAUUGGUUUGGGGGAAGUUGGGGAAGUAUGCCACAUGUGAGGGGAUUGUAUGAAUACUUUUUCUGUUGUACUAUGUAGGCUUUCUUCGCACAUUUUUUCUAAACAAAUAUAUCUGGUUGUACUACACGUUUCUGAAUUUGUUACUACCUAUGUUGGAUUUUUUUGUGUAUCUUUAUGGAAUACAUUCCGAGUGUGAAUAUGAUGCUAAUAACUGGGAUGAAUAUUACCUUUGUAGAUGGAAAGGGCCCAGAUAAAGGCAUUGGGCACGAUCUGAUCUGUAGAAAUAAAAGGAAUGGUGGUGUUUUGUAUAAAACCGAUCCCACCACUUCGAAGCACAGAGAAAACGGCCCCAAAAAGAUUAUUGGAGAGGAUAAUUGUCCAUCAUGGCCAAAGUAUGACAGUGGGGAACCGCACAAGAAGUCUUUAAAGAGGCGAAGUAGUCCUAUCCAAGCCAGGACUGGGCACCCGGGUGUUUCUGUGGACGCUUGUGGCGUAAAGGAUGCUGCUUCUGGUAAUAAUGGUAGUUUAUUUCUUAUUUUCUUGCCUUUUGGUGAGAAUGCUGCCACAUUUUUUGGCAAAGAUGGUGUCAUAUAUUCCUUGACCGUUAAAAUUAAAAGGAGAUAUGCGUCUAUGCCCAUUUUGCUGCUGAAAUCCCCAAAGGAAUAGAUAAAAUUGUCACCAAGAGAUUAUAUAAGGUAGUUGGUCCGCUUUGACAGUAGUGGCCAUCCUCUCUACAGAUCAGUUUUGUUGUAGAAAACGAUUGGACUAUUCCCCUCGUAAUGUCCAAAAAAUCUUGUACACGGUAAGGCAUCAUACUUUGUGAUCACCUUUUGGUGUCUCCAAUUAAGAAAGAGAAAUCUCCAGUUUCAUAUUCUAGGUUCGUAUCUACCAUCCUGGGUUUCCUCCCUUGUUUUCAUUUCUGCAAUGACAUUCUUUUAAAAAUUCAUUUUUGAGUUUGCCGGCCUCUUCUCAACAUUUUCAGUAUCAACGGGUUUUUCCAUUAAUACUUGUACUUAUGAAGGAAAUAAACAAUGACAUUAACUGAGUAUUGGAGGCAUGAUUUUAGCGAACCCUGUGCAUAUGGCCAGCGAUGUCUGAUCAAUACUGAUAUUUUAAAUCAUCUUCACAUUUUGCUCCGUACACAGUAACAAGAACAGUUGGGAGACGGGACUAAUGAUUUCCUUUGGUUAACUUUCUCCAAUGCUAGGAUGUCAGUGGCUGUCAAUUGGUCAAGAUUUGCAAGAAGAUGUGGUUCAAGAUCGGAUCUAUCCUGUCCAUAUGUCAUUUAGCCCAUCCAACUUGUAUAUAUAAGCUAUAAUCCAAUCUCACCCUUUUAUAUGCCUUUCCAAGAUCUAUCUUGAGGAUCAAUCCUUUGCAUUUCUGGCUUUUCAUCGCAUGCAUGCAUUUUUCAUACUUUCAAAAUUUCUUCUAAAUUCACCACCCUUUGAUAAAGUUUCUAUGGUUCCGUCUUAUCACUCUUUUGAUUACUCUCUUGGCUUUUAGAAUUGGCCAUGUGCAGUUUAUACAUCCCAUUCAAUAAUCCCAUGGUCAUAUGGUCGUGUUGGCUUCUUUCUCCUAUUCUCUUUGGGAUCAACACCAAUUUUUUUUUUUUCCAAGUUCCCUCACGCGAGGCCUUUCUGCUCCAAACUCCUUUAUAUCCUCUGUAAUAAAAACAUUACGUAGAUGUGGAAUUAAUUGUGAAUGUGACUCAUCGUAGAAACAUAUCUUUUACCUUUGUCUGUUCAUUUCAGACAAAUUUCGAGCAGUCAAGAAUAAACGUUGCCAAGAAAGAAGAAAAAGAGACCGCAAGACUCUCAGAACAACUGUGAAGACCAAGUUUGAUUCAAAGGAUAGUUUGGUGAACUCUCAUUCAACUGUCAAUGGGAAUAGAGGUUUUGGUAUGCUCUCUACUUCUAGUCCUUUGUCUGCAGUGAGGUCCAUAUUGUAUAUAAUGCUACUUUAUACUCUGGAUAUUUCGUUGCUUUAAUAAACAGUUUAUGAGUUUCAUUAAGUUUUAGACCUGAUGGAUCUGCGAAAUGAUAUAAUGCGUUUUUGAUUUAGUGUGAUAUUUUAUUGUACGACGGCCAUUAAUCUGCAUAAUUGUUUUAUAUUUUUAACAUUUCGAUUGAUGUCUGCUGCUUUUUUCGAUGACAGUGAUGCAUGCUCGAUUAUGAUUUAUACAAAUGUGAAUGGUGUGAAGGAAUAAUUUUUGAGGGAGGCUGAGUGCUUAGUUUAGCGGCACUCUGAUUUAUUUUUAAGACUAAAUGGUAAUAAUAGCCGAGGCUCUGACCAAUGGGCUCGGAAAAUGUUUUGGGACAGUUUGUUUACAAAAGUUAGUUAGUUUUUGCGGAAGGUCUAUCAUAGAUAAGUUUUGGCAACGUGCAAAUUUUCACGUCAUGGCAAUAGGUGAGGAGAUAAUAGCAUUGCUGUGUCGUGAUUUUGGGAAUGCUAUUGAAGGAUCAGUUGGGAUGCAGUAGAAGAACUCUGUUUUCGAAAACUAUGUUGAUCUGAUCAUCAGCUAAUGCAAAAUUUUCAAUCCUCAUUGAUAGAGGACAGGUUGGGUGCUAUAAAAAACUCUAUGGGACUAUUGCAGGGUGAUCCUUUGCUCAGCGUAGAACGAAACUGUUAAAUUGGAUCGUCGAAAGUGUCAAAUUGGAAGGAACAAGUUAAAGACAUCUUCAUCUAUACUCUCAAGCUGACGAUGCAGAUGUGGUCCGAAAUCUCAAUAAUUUUGCUUCGAGCAGGAGGUCCGAAAGUGGGAUGAGAAUAGAUCAGUGCAACUAGGAACUCUUUGGGUAUAGUUUUGCAUUUAAAUGGUUCCAAUUUUUCGGAUUGCUUCCAACAGAGGGUGCUGUUUAGAAGUCCAAGUUUUGAAUGGCAUUUACACCUUACUUUAAUGGCAGACUUGAGGGUCAGGAAGCAGAGUUUCUCCCAACUGUUGAAAAUAGAUUCUAUCGAAAUUAGUUGUAUCAAGGAAUGAUGAGUCAAGCCAAAUUAACCUUAAUUUGUGUUGUAAUUAUCUGAAUGUUUAGUAUCGAAAAGAAUCUGGAUCAAGUUUUUCCUAAUGUUUAAAUGUUUUGGUCUUAGUCUAAAGCAUUGCUUUCAAGUAUUUUGGUAUCGAUUUUUACAUUGAGCGUAUCUAAAACAGUUGAGAACUGAAUUGACUCUAUCAGAAGGUAGUCUUAUGUUUGACAGAGAGAGCGUAGUGAACAAUUUCCUUAAUUGUCAGAGGGCAGGCGCCUGGAUCGUCAAACAGUUCAUUCCUUGUAGUCUAUGUACUCUGUUAACUACUUGGAGAUAUAUUAUCAUGACAGCAGUGUUUAUGUCUGCUUCAACUGCUUACCAACCAGUCAUGUCAAAAUAAGUAGUAGCAAUUUAUGGCUGCGUCAACUGCUUCAACUGCUUACGAACCAGUCAUGUCAAAAUGAGUAGUAGCUAUUUAUGGCUGCGUCAACUGCUUCAGCAGCUUACCAACCAGUCGUGUCAAAAUGACUAGUUGCAAUUUAUGGCUGCUUCAGCUGCUUACCAACUAGUCAUGCCAAAAUGACUGAUUGAGGACAUUAGCAGUCACAUAGAUCUGUUGCAAUUUAUUACCAUGCGCAAUGUUUUACCACGAGAGUGCUAAGAACGCUAGCCUGUACGGACUCGCAGAAGAUUUAAGUCGUAUAGUCGGCAUCCGGAUUCCCGACCUUAAGUUUACGUUCUAUAAGUUGCCCUGCACGUCCGUUGCAGGAAAGAGGGAUAUCUAGUUGUAGACUGCUAAUGUCAUUGUGGAUCACGGUGUGGUAGGUAGUGAGCAUCAUGCACUCAUACAGGGAAGAUAUAAUGGUCGGCAGAUGUUAAAUAUGGAAGCCUAAUAAAGCGGAAGAAACUUACUUGAUAUAAAUUUUUUGCAAUAUAUUGUUCUAUAUACGGCGUUUAUUUUCUGGAGAAAUGUACCUCACCCAAAUAGUUAAAUUCAUAUUGAUCAAGGUAAUGGCUGAAUAAAUGUUGAGGAAAUUUGAGGGGGACUGACGAGAUGAAUAAAUAUCUUCUUUCUAUCUGAUCAUGGAAGAAUUUCAAAACGUGCUUUCGAGUGGUAUGAUGGAGAGUUGAUUUAUUGUUAUCUAUAGUUCCUUUGGAUGAUGCUUUGUUUCCUCCAUCCCCCCGUAUUUUGGAUCUCCCACAUCAUCGAGCACUCUUUAUCUGCAUUUUUCUCAUAUACACGAUAAUUUUUUGGUAUCGUCACCUUGAAUCUACAAGAAAUGUGAAACGAAAUAUAUUUUUAGCAAAACCAUGUGUCCUUCUACAAUGCUUCCCUCUUUAAAUAGGCAAAAAAAUAUAAUAUGCUAACUGAACUGCUAAAUGUUAGCUAGGGAUUCUUAAAAAGAGUUACUUGGGCGGGGCUAAAAUAACCAAUUUUCCACACGCACGCAACUUUUGAACUUUUGACGUUUCACCAUUUUAAGGUUUUUAGGCCUUAUUUUUUGGGCAUUUCGCGUUCAACGAUUCUGUAUUACAUCAAAUGGUAUCUUCUAUGCUCGGCAAUUCUAAGUUGCUAAUCUCGGUAUUUUCCUUGUUUACUUCUCUUUGGCUUCUCCAGGAGUCAUUCUGUUUGCCUAGCAUUGAAUUUCCCAAAGAUAGCCCCCAUUUUUAACCAAAUAAGGAAGUAUUAUUACCAGUGCGGAGACUCCAUUGCGUCAGUUUUCCAUUUGUUUGAUAAAUUUGAUGUCCUUUCCAAAACAGUCAGCUUCACUUAUCUGAUACUGCAUUUUUAUUGAAGAGAUUUAGUGUUUAUUUCUAUUUUUCCUCAUCUUUCAUAGUGGAUAUAUUUAUGGUCGUCCACGAUCUCUCUGACUUCUUUUACAUUUUAUUUAUGUUGACCUUUUUUUUUUUUGAGAUAUUUCUCGCACAUAUCUUAUUCAUCCAUAUGCUGGUCGCUAAUGAUUGCCGUUCAUCGCCGUAUUUCAGGAACUUUGGGGGUAAAGUUUGAUCAUCUCGACUUAACAAAGAGUGUGGACGAUUUAUCAUUGAAUGAACUUCUCGAUGGCAGCUUCUCAUGCCCUCCCAAUUCAUAUCAAGAAAGAGCUAAGAAGGCAUCAAGUGCUAACGAAAAUAUCCUACUUUCUAUUAGAAAGGCAGCUUCUGUUCUUACAGCUCAUAAUACGAUGGGAAGCUCCGGCAGUUGGAAAGCGCCGGGCACUCUGGACUCCACAAACUCUGAAAGAGAGGAUAAAUAUGCCGAAGCAGCUGCAUUCCUUCCCCUGGUAAAUCCAAAAAUAAGUUUUUUUUUAAUUUUUUGUCCUCUCUGUCUUUUUUUUUCUUCAGAAAGAAAAUAAAAACAGAAAAAAAAACUUCUUUUGCUGAUGAUACUCUUUUUUUUUUUUUUCCUUCUUUUUGAUGCUUUAAUGGCGAUCCAGCACCAGGCAAAUGUGAAUGAUUCUCCCGCUUACCAGCCGAAAGAUAUCCUGCAACGGCUCGGACUAUCGGCAGCCCGCGACUUGGGCAGCAUUCUGGCAGAUUCAGAUGUGGGAAGAGGCGCCCUUCCAGCUUUCCCUUGGUCAAUUUCCCACACCGGGCCUUCCAAACCCAUCGUUGACGCCAGCAAGUCAACCAUGAGCAGAAGCUCUUCUCAGGGCAAGUGGGUCAGAAUAGGGAGCAACUCCUGUUUGAUGGGGGAAGAGCGCAGCUCCUUUCCAGAAUUGGAUCUGAAGAUCGGUGAUCACACCCAGGAUUCGACUCCAAAGAGGGGAGCCUCUGGUUUUCUGAGCUCUUCCCCUUUCAGUCUCAUGGCGGGGAACAUGGGUUCUUCUGACUCCGCUGUUCUUCUUACGAGUGCGGACGCUGUGGGUCGAUCUUAUGGCAGCAUACGGAUCCGGGAAGCCACGGAGCCUCCGGCUAGAGAUGCACAGAAUCACAGUGGGAGAAACCAUUGGCGGCAGUUUAAGAGCCCUGGGGGAGUAUCCGACAGAUGUCCUUCUCUGGAGGGCAGCAGUUCAGGUGAGCUUAUUCUUUACCGUUUAUAGUAAUGAGGCCCGUUUUCUGGGGCUUUUUUUUUUGCAUCGAUGCCAGCAAAAAAAGAUUCUGGUUCAUUAAUUCGCGUGAUUUCUUCUUAAAAAAAGAAAUGGAAAAUAGAUAAAUAUGGCUGGGCAUUUGAUCCAUUUCUGGUUCAUUAAUGUGUGUGGGCAUGGGUUGAUUUCUUCUUCAGGCUACUCUCCAAGAUUGUUGGCGGCGGCGGAGAUACUCUACGAGGUAGCGAGCGGGGGGCGAGGGAGCCGCCACGCUGCUGGAAGGGUGACGUGGCCCAUUGCCCCUUCGCAGAAGACCAUGAAGGCGCGGAAAGUCAACCCUUGCGUCGCGAAGCCGGAUCCCCCCCGGGCGCCGCCGGCGAAGGCCGGCGAUCCCGUCAAGUUCUGCGCCGCCACUCGAGUGGGCGACGAGAAGAAGAGGACCAUCUACCGGCCGCCGCCGCUGUUGAAAUGCUCUAUUCCCGCCGAGAACGCCCACAACCCUCUUAGGCCGGGGAGGGACUCGGCGGUCAACCCUAGGGUGGUGGUUCAGGUGGGUCCCGCGGCGGCGGCCCGGCCGCCGGCGCCGGCGCGGGUGGAGAGGGGCCACGACGGGCGGCGGAGGCACGGCGGUGCGGCGGCGGCGGCGGCGGCGCCAGGUCUUGGCAAAGGCUGGGGGAAGGAAAGAUAG